AAUAGGAACUUGACAAAAUAAACAACAAAAGCUAUAUCUUUCUCUUUCCAAUUUCUUCUUCGAUCCUUCCCCGACUCAAUGAUCAACCCCCUGUGGCGUUUUCUCGAUCGCCAUCAUCAUUGAGUCAGUCAAUAAAACCAACUCGGGGGUGAGUUUACCCGCAUUGAAAAAGCCUUUCUUUUUUCAAUUUGAAAAAAUUCCGUCCUAUCUUUUUAUCGAUGGCAUGCGAGGUUAUAAAUUCAUGGACAUUCAAUGGCCUAGCGGGUGCUUUCCUUGAUCUUUUCAUUGCUUAUAUAUUGCUUUGUGGAUCAUCUAUUGCUUAUUUGGCUUCAAAACUUCUGGGUUUAUUUGGACUGUCCUUGCCUUGUCCUUGUAAUGGAUUGUUUGGGUACCCAAACAAGAACAUUUGUGUCCAAGCCAUGUUAGUUAAUGACCCAUCAUUUAAAAUCUCUUCUGUUCAAUAUUCUGCAAUGAAAAAGCUCCCUUUUGAUUCAAUCUGGAACAGCUUUUACGAUGGAGAAGAUUAUGGCGAUGAACGCAAUGACAGCCAAUCGAAUUCUGAGAAAUGGCAAAACGGGAACGUUGAAAUGGCAGGGGAAGCUUCAUGUAGUUCAUGGCAUGAGAAGAAGGAGAUUGUUGGAGCUAAAAAAGAAAGCUUUGGGUCAAUUCCUAAAAGGCCUGGGAGGCCUAGACUUGGUUUUAGGAGGCGUAAGAGAGCUGCUAGUGAUGGUGGUGGAAAGACCUUUCCAGCAUUGUACGAUCCUUUGGUUUGUUUGAGCUCUUCUGCUAGUGUUGGUGCUAAACUUGGGACUCCAGCCAGCAUCACUUCUGCUAAUUCUGAAGAUGGAAAGGGAAGCUCAAAAGGAAUUGGAUUGCUUAAACAAGGUUCUCAUGGUUUUGAAACGGAUGAUGAUCCUUUUGCUGUGGCUAAGAAGGAAUUAGCAGUAGUUGAGUCCAAGUGCGGCGGUGACAAAAAUUCAAUUAGAGUCUUAGAACAAGCUCUAGAUGAAGAGCAUGCUGGCCGUACUGCUUUGUACCUUGAGCUUGAGAAGGAGAGAAUUGCUGCUUCUACUGCUGCGGAUGAGGCUAUGGCAAUGAUAUUACGUUUGCAAGAGGAGAAGGCAGCCAUUGAGAUGGAAGCUAAGCAGUACCAGAGGAUGAUAGAGGAAAAAACCGCGUUUGAUGCUGAAGAAAUGAACAUUCUCAAAGAAAUUUUAUUAAGGAGAGAAAGGGAAAAGCUUUUCUUGGAGAAGGAAGUCGAAGCUUACAAGCAAAUGUUUUUCGAUAAAGAUCAAUUCGAUAUCGAUAUGUUUGACGUGGCAUCCAUGCAGGAACAAAAGACUUUGAAUGAGGAGCCAGUGCUAAUGUCGCCUCAGUCUGUUGGGGAGAAGUUUGAGAUCACAUCUUUUGAGUCGCCAAAUCAAUCUUUUGAUUUCGGGAAAGAGUGCCCAAUUCCCAGACUCAAUGAAGGUGCUGGUUUGAGUUCUAGCAUUGAAAAGAAACAAGCAUAUCCAUCAAGAAGUGACCAUGAGUCGACUACUCCUUGGGAAUCUGAUUGGCACGAGAAAUCUGGUGAAAUCAGUUCACACCAACAUUCGAUAGCAAAAGCAACUGAGGCUAAUAUAGUUUCCUCAUUUAAUAAUGAAAGAAUGGCGAAGCGUGCAGAGGACUUACAUGGUUCAGAUUCCAGUAUUGUUCGUCAUAUUCUCGAUGUUCAUGUCAUUAAUCAAGAGAGAGGAAACAAAAAGGACAACAGAUCAAUAACUGUUACCACAAACUUGCCUAAAACAUGUGAUAAUCCAACCACUGGUGGGUUAGAAAUUGAGCCUGCGAGGAAAAGAAACAGUUUAGAAAGACCUGGUGGGUUACCGCCAAUUGGUCCUUCACGAGUCAAAUCUUCACCUUCCAUUUCUCGUAGAAAUUCCACGUCUGCUUUAGAUUAUGAAAAGUUUAAAAUCGAUAAUGAAGUCGGUUUACUUAGAGAAAGGCUAAGGAUUGUACAGCAAGGAAGAGAAAAGCUCAACGUACCUGCAGGGCGCAAGGAAAGAGAACAAGUUCAAAUGCAAAUAAUGGAAAAUCUUGCAAAUCAACUUCGAGAGAUACGACAGUUAUCAGAACCCGGGAAGGCUUUGCAACAGGCCUCUUUGCCACCUCCAUCCUCUAAGGUCAAGUCAAAGAAAAGAUUUCGACAAGGUGCUCCUUUAGGAGCAAUGAGAAGCAUUUAAGAGAGAUGAUGGUACUUUUGAAUUUCGAUAAACAAGAUGAGCUACAUAAUUUGAUUCAUUGGCUUCGUUUGGUGUCAGCUGAUAUCUUUCAAAGGCUUCAAUUGCAACUUCCGACUUCACAAGUUCCUCAAAGAAAUGAGCUUCUGUUGAUCACACUCUCUGUAACUACCACUUGGACUUACAGAUUACGGGUUUUGAGUGCAUUUGAAUGGCAUUCGCUGAGGUUAUUAUAUGUAGUAAUAUCUUCAAGGGGGAAUGUAUUAGAAAACGUAUUAGAAACAAUGAAAGAAGUUGUCAACUAUUGUAUUGAAUACAUUGUUAUUAUUACUAUA